GGCGCAAGAUGGCGGCGGCGGGGCGGGCGAGGCGGAGGUGGGGCGGCGGCGGGAAGCGCGGCGGUGCGCGGAGCCUGCAGCCCCCGGCCUCACGCCCAGCGGCCCCCGCGGGCCAGGCGCGGGACGCCCCGCUAUGAGGAUGCGGCCCCGAGGCGCCAGCGGCCAGCACGGAGCGACGGCCCCGCGUCCCGGCAGGCAGCCCGCCCCCUGUGGUUGCUGAGAAAUGGCCAAUGAGAAUCACGGAAGCCCUGCGGAGGAAGCAUCUCUAAUGAGUCACUCACCUGGCACUUCCAACCAGAACCAGCCCAGCUCCCCCAAACCGAUGCGACUGGUGCAGGACCUCCCAGAUGAGCUGGUGCAGGCUGGCUGGGAGAAGUGCUGGAGCAAACGGGAGAAUCGCCCUUACUACUUCAACCGCUUCACCAACCAGUCUCUGUGGGAAAUGCCUGUUCUGGGACAGCAUGAUGUCAUUUCAGACCCUCUGGGAUUGAAUGCGGCUCCUAUGCCACUGGAAGGUGGAAUGGUAGAGACCUCCGUGGACAGCAGGCAGAGGAAGAGGAGAUUCUCUGAGGAGGUUCCCCCGAGUGGCAACAGUGUGAAAAAGCCCAGGGUGGAUGUUCCGGGGAACCCAGCCGCUCAGCCAGUCCCCAUCUCUCCCAGUAUUCCAGGAACCUCUGUUUUGAAGGCAUGGUGCGUUUCACCUGAAGAUAAACAGCAGGCGGCUCUUUUACGACCAACCGAAGUAUACUGGGACCUGGAUAUUCAGACAAAUGCAGUGAUUAAGCAGAGGGCACCCUCUGAAGUGCUCUCUCCACACCCCGAGGUGGAGCUGCUUCGAUCCCAGCUCAUUCUCAAGCUGCGGCAACACUAUCGUGAGCUCUGCCAGCAGCGAGAAGGGAUUGACCCCCCAAGGGAGUCUUUUAACCGCUGGAUGUUGGAGAGGAAGGUGGUUGAUAAAGGGACAGACCCUCUUUUACCGAGUGACUGCGAGCCAGUAGUGUCUCCUUCCAUGUUCAGAGAAAUCAUGAAUGACAUUCCCAUCAGGCUAUCCAGAAUCAAGUUCCGGGAGGAAGCCAAGAGACUGCUCUUCAAGUAUGCUGAGGCUGCAAAACGGCUUAUUGAAUCCAGGAGUGCAUCACCAGACAGCAGGAAAGUGGUGAAAUGGAAUGUGGAGGACACCUUCAGCUGGCUGCGACGGGACCAUUCUGCUUCCAAGGAGGAUUACAUGGACCGCCUGGAGCACUUACGCAAGCAGUGUGGGCCCCACGUGUCUGCUGCAGCAAAGGACUCUGUUGAAGGCAUCUGCAGUAAGAUUUACUACAUAUCCCUUGAAUACGUCAAGCGCAUCCGGGAGAAGCAUCUUGCCAUCCUCAAAGAGAACAAUAUAUCUGCUGAGACAGAAGCUCCUGAAGUCCAGGACAGGCUUGUGUACUGUUACCCAGUGCGACUGGCCAUCCCUUCCCCACCACUCCCCAGUGUGGAAAUGCACAUGGAAAACAAUGUGGCAUGUGUGCGGUACAAGGGGGAAAUGGUGAAAGUGAGCCGCAACUACUUCAGCAAGCUGUGGCUUCUCUAUCGGUACAGUUGCAUUGAUGACUCUGGCUUUGAAAAGUUUCUGCCCAGGGUUUGGUGCCUUCUCCGUCGAUACCAGAUGAUGUUUGGUGUGGGCCUGUAUGAAGGAACUGGCCUGCAGGGGGCACUGCCCGUGCACGUCUUUGAAGCCCUCCACAAGCUCUUUGGAGUGAGUUUUGAAUGCUUUGCCUCGCCUCUGAAUUGCUAUUUUAAACAGUACUGUUCGGCCUUCUUGGAUACAGACGGGUAUUUUGGAUCCAGGGGCCCGUGCCUGGAUUUCUUCCCUAUAAGUGGGUCUUUUGAGGCAAAUCCUCCGUUCUGCGAGGAGCUGAUGGAUGCCAUGGUCUCUCACUUUGAGAAAUUGCUGGAGAGCUCCAGUGAGCCCCUCUCCUUCAUUGUCUUCAUCCCUGAGUGGAGGGACCCUCCUACACCAGCCCUGACCCGCAUGGAGCAGAGCAAGUUCAAGCGGCACCAGCUCAUCCUGUCAGCCUUUGAUCACGAAUACCGCAGCGGGUCUCAGCACGUCUGCAAAAAAGAGGAGAUGUACUACAAGGCCGUGCACAACACCGCCGUCCUCUUCCUGCAGAACAGCGCGGGCUUUGCCAAGUGGGAGCCCACGCCGGAACGGCUGCAGGAGCUCGUUGCGGCCUACAAGCAUUCGGGCCGGACCCUCAGCUCCUCGUCCUCGUCCUCCUCGUCCUCGUCGUCCUCCUCCGCAGACAAGGAGCGGGAGCUGGGCCGCGAGCAAAGCAGCAGCCGGGAGACUAAUGCCAACUGAGGUGCAGAGGUGAGAGGCAGCAGGGAGGCGCCGGCGGCCCCGAGGAGGCUCGCCAGGGCAGGCGGAGAGACUGCUGGCUGCGCAGCACCGGCCCGGGGGACUCUUGCCCAGCAGCUCCACGGCACCCGCCUUCCCCUGCGAACUGCACGCUGCCUGCGCCCGGCAGCGCCACGGAGCGCCCGGCCCCCGGCUGGGAGAGGAGCUGGGCUGCAGCCACGCCGCAGGGCGAGGGAACCACCACGCGUGGGCGGCAGGAGGAGCGGGCGGCCCCCUCGCCGCCCGAGCACGGACGAAGGGGCAGCCGGAGCUGGGACGCGCGCACGGGCAGAAGGACGGACGGAGGGACGGACGGAGGGACAGCCGUGGCGAGCGCUCGGCGCGUGGCGCCGCGCCUGGAGGGGCCCCGGCAGCCGGCCGCAGCCCGGCGCUGGCAGGAGGAGCGCGGGCAGAGCGCGGGGGCUCCCGCGGCCGGACUGGCACCAGCACAGCUCCGUGUCCAUAGUGUAAAUAGUUCUGUCCGUGGCGCCCGUGCUCCUUGCAGGGCUGCUCCCAUCGCACCCGCGUUUCUUUUCCACAUGUGUGAGUCCCGUGUUCGCCGACGCUGUGUUACCGUAUAGGAGAGGAGCGGAGGAGAGGAGUUCUUUGGUGUGUAAAGACGUCUUUGCAGCUGUUUUGUAGUCGUUGUGGUUUUUAUGCGGAGCCUCCGGGCUGUAUUUAACCUCCUUGGGUUUUGUUUUGUAAGGAUUAAUUUAACACCGCUAACCAUUUUAUUACUUUUAUCAAGAAGAGCAAAGUCUAUUUUUGAUUUCCGUUUCCUAGUUCUUAGGAACAUUAAAAACCAG